AUGACCCCCAGCCCGCACGCCCAGGUGAUUGCAAUUAGUCGUGAUCCUGACCUGAUCACAAUUCGAUGGAUGGCUGGCAGACUGUUGACCUGGAGCCUGUUCCGCAAGUCUGUCCUGAUCUAUACACCGAGAUCAACUUUGAUCUUUAUUGUGACAGUGGAUAAAAGCCUCCAUGAGCCUAUGUACAUUUUCAUCUCUAAUCUGUGUGCAAACGGACUUUAUGGGACUGUUGGUUUUUAUCCCAAAAUUUUGCUUGACCUGCGAUCUGAUAUUCACAUGAUAAGCUACAGUUGGUGCAUGAUUCAAACGUAUGUGAUUUAUAGCUCUGCACUGUGUGAAAUGUCAGUUUUAACAGUGAUGUCUUAUGACCGCUAUGUGGCAAUUUGCAGACCACUGCAAUACCAUAGCAUUUUGACUCCACAUGCUGUGUUAAAGUUGCUUGUACUAGCCUGGGCCUGUCCUCUUUUGGCAAAAGCAAUAGGUAUACUCCUUACUUCUAAAGUACCCAUUUGUGGAUCUUACAUCUAUAAACUAUUCUGUGACAAUCCUUCAAUACUAAAACUGGGAUGUUAUCGAGUCAUAGCCAACCAGGUAUGGAGUAUGAUGGCAAUCGCAGUUUAUCUUGUACAGUUAGUUUUCAUUUUAAUUUCUUCUGCUAAUAUUAUCCAUGUUUGUAUAUCAAUCAGUGACGGUAGAAAAAAGUUUAGUAAAACUUGUGUGCCUCAUAUUGUAGUUAUGGUAAUUUACAUCAUGACUGCAUUGUUUGAUGUAUUUUACAGCUGGGAUGGUUCAGUAAAUCUUCCUAUUGGUGUACGUAAUGCAUUGGCUAUACAAUUUCUGAUUCUUCCUCCACUACUAAACCCAAUAAUUUAUGGCCUACAACUUCCACAGAUUCGAAAAUACAGCCUGCUCUUAGACACACAAACACUGAAACAAGUAACCAAGCGACUAGUCAAAACCCCUACAGAGGAGAUCAUUGCUGGAAACAUCACCAGGAGCCUUACUCGGGAUAUUUUAAAAGUUAUCUCCUCCGAGGUGAGGCAACAGGGCCGAUUCCACAGUGACUACUUGGUGGAGCUUUCACUCACCCAGCAGGUUCUCAGAGAUGCCGACACUGGCUACAAACACAUCCUGGGAUACAUCCAGCACCUACAAAUAGAUCCUCUCGGGGUCCAUUUAUACAGUGAAACUGGUCUACAAAUCUUGGCUGCGCACCUCCAGGAGAACCAAGAGAAGUUCACGAACAGUUUUUCACCUGGAUGCAACUGGAGGCGUAGUCGCAAAAAUCCCCCUACAGAGCAGAAGGCUAGAAAAACCGAGAGCCAAGAAACACCAGGGAGUCCCGUGCAACCUCCUGUGCCUGACGAAGACGACUGCAGUUCUUCUUGCUCUGCUGACACCAACUGCAAGGACAAGAAGAUACAACAACUCUGGAGUGAAACACAUGGGGAGCUUGUUGUAGCAGUUAUGAAGUCUGCAGACAAGAAGGCUACGUGCGUGGUCCGUCAGGCGAACCUCCUGUCCCUUCAACCCCACCAAUGGCUCACAGGGUAG